AUGAACCCCCUUCUGAUCCCGAGCCCUUCUACCGGAAAAGCACAUGGACUCCGGCCAAGAAUAGAGUUCCUUCCCUUGAAACGCAGGAACAAGGAAAUAGGUAACCUCACAAAGAAGCGACAACGGUCAAACAGAUUUAGACGACGUACCAACAACAAUGAUGCAUCCCCCCAUUUGGUUGUUAAUCUCUCAUCCUCCCCUCUCUCCCAAGCAGAAACCUCUCUUCUCUCUAAAGGGCUCAAGUUUUGCCCAACGCCACCAGAAGUUGAACAGAUAGCUCUCAGCCAAGACCUCUCUACUUUCUAUCGCGGGAUACGUCUCAAAGAGUUCUUUUUAGAUGAACCCCCUUCUGAUCCCGAGCCCUUCUACCGGAAAAGCACAUGGACUCCGGCCAAGAAUAGAGUUCCUUCCCUUGAAACGCAGGAACAAGGAAAUAGGUCCGACAUCAUCAUCAAGCCUGCAAACAAAGGAUCAGCCGUCGUCGUCAUGGAUCGCCAGCAGUACAUCGAUAAAGCCAUGAAACAUCUCAAUAAUCGUUCUCACUAUGCACUCCUUGAUUCUGACCCCACUUGUAAUUUCUCCCUACAGAUCCAAUCGACACUGAAUGACAUGAAAGAACACAAGCAUCUAUCUGAGAAGGCCCACAAAUUUCUCUCCCCUACUAAUGCUAAACCUGCCCGCUUCUAUCUCCUCCCCAAGAUCCACAAACCUGGCAACCCUGGUCGACCCAUCCUCUCAGGAAAUGGUUCCCCAACAGAGAACAUCUCCCUUUUUGUUGAUUAUCACAUCAAACCCCUUGUCUCACGUGCACCCUCUUACAUCCACGACACUCCAGACUUUCUCAGGAAACUCAAUGACAUCAAGGACCAGAUACCCGAGACUGCGCUCAUCGGCACUUUAGACGUUUCUUCACUGUACGCCAAUAUUCCCCACGAUGAAGGUAUCCAAGCAUCACGUGAAGCCUUGACCGCCAGUGUCCAUUCCAGUCCCCCCAUAUCCGAUAUCAAAUCUCUUAUGUCUCAUGUACUAACAAAAAAACAACUUCACUUUCAUGGAUCAGCACUACCUACAGAUAUUCGGCACAGCAAUGGGCACCCGGAUGGCUCCUUCAUUCGCCUGUCUCUUCAUGACCAAGCUGGAACAGCAGAUGAAACCCACUUCCUUGAUGUCACAGUCCAGAAAAAGCCUAACGGUAUCACCACUACCCUGUACACUAAACCCACAGAUACCCACCAGUACCUCCACUCAUCCAGCUGCCACCCCCGUCACUGCAAAACCGGCAUCGCUUACAGUCAAGCCCUCAGACUUCGCCGUAUUUGCUCCGAGGACCCUGAUUUUUCCUUCCAUACCAGGAAUUUGCAGAAACAUCUCUGUGCCAGGGGCCACGGGGCCAGGGCAGUCCAACUGGCAAUCAACAAAGUUCGUUCUCUCCCUAGAUCUGAAGUUCUCAAACCUAAAAGUAACAAGAAGACUACCGACAGAAUACCGCUUGUGACCACCUUCCAUCCCAAUCUACCCCCUCUCCGCAAAAUCCUGUGUGAUAACCACCACAUUUUACACACUUCUGAUCGUCUCCAACAGGCCGUUCCCGAUACUCCCUUCUAG